AGUCACCAAAGACUCAGAAGUGAACGAAGCAGCUCAUGCACAUCGUUCUGAAAGAGUUUCUUUUUUAAAACGUUUUCAUUCCAUUCAUUUUAUGACUUGUACAUCUGUGUAAAUAGUUUUAAUCUUUUUUUUAAAAUAACAACAACUUGACAACAACAAGAUGGAACUUAACUCGUUGUUAAUUCUGCUGGAGGCUGCAGAGUACUUGGAAAGAAGAGACAGAGAAGCAGAGCACGGUUAUGCGUCUGUUUUACCGUACAGCACCGAGUUUUCCCGAAAGAAAACGAAAGCCUCGCCAAUUUCCAGAAAAACUCAGAACAAUAGAUCAUCACACAACGAGCUGGAGAAACACAGACGUGCCAAACUACGGCUCUACUUGGAGCAGUUGAAGAAGCUGGUGCCUUUGGGUCCAGACAGCACGAGACACACCACUCUGAGCUUGCUAAAAAGGGCCAAGAUGCACAUCAAGAAGCUGGAGGAGCAAGACAGGAAGGCUUUAAAUGUGAAGGAGCAGCUUCAGAGAGAGCACCGCUACCUCAAACGCCGCCUGGAGCAGCUCUCCGUGUCCGGAUCCGUGGAGCGCAUUCGCACUGACAGCAUGGGCUCCACCAUCUCCACCGACUCAGAGCAAGAGGUGGACAUUGAGGGCGUGGAGUUCACGCCUGGUGAGGCAGAUAGUGUGGACAGCAUCAGCGACGGCGAGGAGGAGGACCAGUACAGCCUCCAGAGCAGCUCCAGUGACACCAGCUACACGGGCACACAUUCCCACAGACUGCAGCCGCACCACUGUUAGACACCCAGCGGCCACCCAUCUCUCGACCAGCUUCCCACCCAUCCGUGCUCACCCCCUGCCCUCCCCCGUUUGUGUUUGCCUACACCGCGCAAGACCACAAUGGCGGUACUCCCUGAACCUGUUUUGUCCUUCCCAGGAAGCACAUGUGGCUGAAAUGCCACAUAAGCCUUCCUGACUUUUCCUCCCUUCUCUGACCACUGACCCUACCUCACCCUACUGUAUCCUGCCUGAACCUGCCCCUCCUUACACGCCCUGCCCUUUUUACCCCUAAAUAGACCCACCGCCGGCUCUGAGAGCACAGAGCAGAGUUUGUAGUUUUUAUCUGAGAGUUCUGUGGUAAGGUGGACAGCUUUGACCUGUUAAUUGGUUUGAGAGAAGUAAAGGGUGAGAGUUAAGCCUCAGCCAUUUCCACACAGUUUGUGAUAUAAAAGAUGCACUAAUUGUUCUGCAGUAUAUACAAUAUUGGGAACCUCAAAAGUCAAUUUCAUCAUUCAGAUUCUUCCUUUUACACAACAAGAUUUACAGGAGUUGCUAUUGCAGGUGUCCUGCAAGGAGUUCCUUGAAACAUUUGAUUGCUGAAAAAUGACGAAACCUUAGAGUUUUUUGUCUGGGGGGGGGGUAUCUCUUUCUUGGUGAGAGUUUGAUAAGAAGAGGAAACAGCGGGGGAGAGCCAAGCAUUUUAAAGCUAAAAAAAUCCACUACCACCACCCAAGCUCACUUUUUGUGCACAUUAAACAAAAAAGGCAUGGUAUUGAUCGGUAAGCUUUGGUUGAAGAUAACAAGCUUGCUUGCAGCUGUAAUUUCAUAGUCACUGUGCACAUAUGAAAACACUGUUGAUUUCGUUAAACUCUCCACAGAGCAGAGAUUAAGUGACCCCCCCUUUAAAUUUCCAGCUUCUUACUGACUCAGAGAGGACAUCUUCCAAAAGCAACUCUACAUAUGUAGUCACACCGGGCUGAAAAUGGAGCCAAAGACCACCUGAGAAGGUUUGAGAGCUGCAGCAGAGCAGAAAGAAUGUAAAUAGAUAUACAGUGUACAGUUACUGUCCCAAACCCUCAUGUCUCCCUCUGGUUGGGUCGCCUAACCACUACUCCACACUACUGACCACUACACUAUACCACCCUAUGGUGUGGAUGGACUACUAUGUCAAAAAAAAAAAAAAAAAAAAAAGGAGUUUCCACUCAGC